AUGCGUUUCUCCCACCUCGCCGUCUUCGCCCUCAGCGGCCUGUCCCUUGCUAGCCCAGUUGUACAACAGAAGCGUCAAGAAAGCAGUGUAGAGACCCUGCUCACCGAUCUCUUCGCCACUGUACAAAUUUACACGGGAGCCAUCAAUGCCACUCUUGCUCCGCUCUCGACUUCUUCUUCUAUUCUUGAAAAGACUGCCGCCAUCCCCCAAGUAGGCGAGCAAAUCAACAAGAUCACCGCGGCUAUUACUUCCACCACGUCUGAGAUCCGCGAACUCGCUCCUGCGAACGCCACACAGCCCAUGGUGCCAGCCAACGGAAACGAAAAACGCUCCUCCACCGAUGUCGACGCAUCUCAGCCCAAAGAGAAGCGCCAACUGAUUGCUGUGGGCGCUCUCCUUGCUCUCAUCAUCGUUGAGAUUUUCGCUACGAUUACGGCUGCCGUUGCAAUUCUGGGUCUCGCUGGACUAUUGAUUUUCAUCAACCCGUUGACGAGUGCGCUGGGUUUGUUGAUCUUGGCGGUACAAUUGGUGCUUAAUGUUGUGUUGGCGGGCGUUAUUGCGCUGCUAAACAGUCUGCUUGCUGCUUUGGCGCUGGGUCUCAGUGGCUUGUAA